UGUCAUAUCUUAACAACAGUAAAUGUGAUCACUGUCAAGAUGGCUGUCUGGCUGGCUGGUACAGUUGUCCUAACCAUCCUUGUAACUAUUCAAGGAAGUUCUUUACACAACAAGAAAACUCCAGAAGUUCGCUAUGAACCCAACUGGGCUUCCAUAGAUUCCCGCCCACUUCCUCCAUGGUACGAUGAAGCUAAGCUUGGAAUCUUCAUCCACUGGGGAGUGUUUUCAGUACCAAGUUUUGGUUCUGAGUGGUUCUGGGAACGCUGGGAGGGGACAAAGAAAGAAGCCAUGUAUGCAGACUUCAUGAAGAAGAACUACAAACCAGACUGGACCUAUGCAGAUUUUGCUAAAGAUUUUACAGCUGAAUUCUAUGAUGCCAAUGCAUGGGCGGAACUAUUUGAAGACUCUGGAGCUAAGUAUAUUGUAUUUGUAAGCAAGCAUCAUGAGGGAUUCUGCAACUGGCCAACCAAUGUCUCCUUCAACUGGAACUCCCAGAUGGUUGGACCAAAAAGAGACAUUGUGGGUGAGCUGGCCCAGGCCAUCCGCAGCAAGACAGACCUCCACUUUGGCCUGUAUCACUCCCUGUUUGAGUGGUUUCACCCUCUGUACCUGAAGGAUGUCGCUAACAACUUCACAACUCAGGAAUUUGUGCUGACCAAGACAAUGCCAGAGUUAUAUGAGCUCGUCAACACCUACAAGCCCGACAUUGUAUGGUCUGAUGGACCCGUUGGACCAGACACCUACUGGGAUUCUACAAAGUUUAUUGCUUGGCUGUACAAUGACAGUCCUGUCAAGGACACUGUGGUGACGAAUGACCGUUGGGGAAACAAUCACAUAAAGUGCCAUCAUGGGGGGGUCCUCACCUGUACAGACAGGUACAAUCCAGGCACCCUUCAGCCUAGGAAGUGGGUGAAUGCCAUGACAAUCGACAAGACGUCGUGGGGGUUCCGACGAGAAGCCAGCCUGGAGGACUUUCUCACCAUGGAGGAAAUCAUAGAAACAUUUGUGGAAACUGUAAGCUGUGGUGGCAACAUGCUUAUGAAUGUUGGUCCUACCAAGUACGGGAUGAUUGCGCCGAUCUAUGAGGAGAGACUACGAGGCAUGGGACAGUGGCUGAAGGUCAAUGGAGAAGCUAUCUACAGCAGCAAACCUUGGUCCCAUCAGAAUGAUACCGUCACUCGUCGAGUGUGGUACACACAGAAUGAAGGCAGUGUCUAUGCUACCAUAUUUUCUUGGCCUAACGGAACCACAAAUAACCUUGCCCUUGGUGCCCCAGUGCCCUCUUCCGGCACAACGGUCACCCUUCUAGGAUACCAGGGCCAGUUUACCUGGGACAAGCGGUCAUCUGGUGGGAUGACCAUCAACAUUCCUGCCAUCCCUGUCAACCAGAUGCCAUGUCAGUGGGGCUGGGUUUUCAAACUUACUGACAUCACCAACUGAAACACUUGGAGACACGGAUAGCGGACACUUAAUUCUCUUUAAUGAUUUCACUUUACAGUCAUAUAUACCAGUAGACAAUGUAUGUAAAACUCUGGUUGGAGUAAAGAUCAAGAUAUGGUUAUACAUCAAUUGUCUACAAUAAUAGAAAAAAUAUAUAAAGACAAUGUACAACAUUGCAUUAUGACUUUCCACUUGAUCCUUUUGAUAAUCAGAGGACUGUAAUUAUCUGGAGUUGAUUGGUUGAAUACAAAUUUACUAUUGUAUUGUCACAGGUAAAUAAAUUAUGUUUCAAUCCC